AUGAAGCACAAUGUUUGCAUGGUGUCUGACUUUUUCUUCCCAAACAUGGGAGGAGUGGAGAGUCACAUUUACCAGCUAUCACAGUGUCUUCUAGAGCGGGGCCACAAGGUCAUCGUUGUCACCCAUUUCUAUGGAGACAGGAAGGGAGUGAGAUAUUUGACCAAUGGACUCAAGGUGUAUUACCUGCCAUUUCCAGCCUUCUACAACCAGUGUGUCUUGCCAACAAUUUUCACUACAUUUCCAUUACUGAGAAACAUCUUUAUACGUGAAAAUAUCACCAUUGUCCACGGCCACUCAGCAUUUUCAACACUAGCUCACGAGGCUAUGUUCCAUGCCAGGACAUUGGGACUUAAAGCUGUCUUCACAGAUCAUUCUCUGUUUGGAUUCGCAGAUGCAAGCUCCAUCCUGACCAACAAAAUUUUGCAGUUCUCAUUGGCUGAUUGUAAUCAUGUGAUUUGUGUUUCCCAUACAAGUAAAGAGAAUACAGUGCUAAGGGCCAAUCUACAACCAGAUGUUGUGUCUGUUAUACCCAAUGCUGUGGAUGCCACCAUGUUUGUACCAGACCCAUCCAAACGACACCCAGGCAAAAUCACCAUUGUUGUGGUCAGUCGGUUGGUAUAUCGUAAGGGAAUGGAUCUCCUGGCUGGUAUUAUACCCGUCAUCUGCAAGAGGCAUCCGGAUAUACAGUUUAUCAUUGGUGGAGACGGGCCUAAAAGAAUUAUAUUAGAGGAAGUAAGGGAGCAGCACGAACUACUGGACCGUGUAACAUUACUGGGGAGUCUGGAACAUACACGGGUCAGGGAGGUUCUGGUCCAGGGUGAUAUACUAGUGAACACUUCAUUGACUGAGGCGUUCUGUAUAGCUAUAGUGGAGGCAGCUUGUUGUGGAUUACAAGUUGUCACUACUAGAGUUGGUGGUGUCCCUGAAGUAUUGCCUCCAGACCUCAUCUACAUGGCUGAGCCCAAUGUCUCAAGUUUACUUGCAUCUGUUGAACUUGCCAUCAAAGAUCAUCGUAAAGGGAGAGAAGUACCACCCUUUGAAGCUCACAGAAGAAUAAUGUCGCUGUAUACAUGGAGAAAUGUAGCCAUGAGAACAGAGAGAGUAUAUGACAUGGUUUGUCUGGCAGAACAGAGAGUCACAUCUACUAGACUUAAAAGCUACUACCACUGUGGUCCCCUGGCUGGAAAGUUGUUUGUCAUUGCAGCAGUGAUAAAUAUUUUCCUUCUCUUUGUCCUUGGAGUUCUACAACCAGAAAAGACCAUAGAAAAGGCAGCAGAGUUCCCAAGACAAUCAACGAAACACAGAGCAUCAGAAAGCAAUGACACACAUCAAAAUAAAAAAGUCAAAUAUUCAUGA